AGCUCCGAGCUGUGGUGACUAAGGCUGAGGAGAGCGGUGGCCAAACCGUUACGUUUUCCGGCUAGGCCCUUCCUCCUGCUGCGCCUCCGCCCACUUUUCGCCCGGGUGGCUGCUGCUUCUUCCUCCAGCACCCUUCAGUUGGCGCGCCUGCUGGCUCAGUUAUGGCGACUUCCAGCCCCAGUGUUGUGGUGAGCAGCUUGGCGCGCCUCCCCAGACCCGGGGGAGGCGCGGGGCCCGCAGUGCGGGCCUGGGCAGCGAUUGGUGAUGAUGAACCAGGUUAUGACCUAGAUUUAUUCUGUAUACCUAAGCAUUACACCGAGGUUUUGGAAAAGGUGUUUAUUCCACAUGGACUAAUUAUGGACAGGACCGAACGUCUUGCUCGAGAUGUGAUGAAGGAGAUGGGAGGCCAUCAUAUUGUAGCCCUCUGUGUGCUCAAGGGGGGCUAUAAAUUCUUUGCUGACCUGCUGGAUUACAUCAAAGCACUGAACAGAAAUAGUGAUAGAUCCAUUCCUAUGACUGUAGAUUUUAUCAGACUGAAAAGCUACUGUAAUGACCAGUCGACAGGGGACAUAAAAGUGAUUGGUGGAGAUGAUCUCUCAACUUUAACUGGAAAGAAUGUCUUGAUUGUUGAAGAUAUAAUUGACACUGGCAAAACAAUGCAAACCUUGCUUGCCUUGGUCAAGCAGUAUAAUCCGAAGAUGGUGAAGGUUGCAAGCUUGCUGGUAAAAAGGACCCCUCGAAGUGUUGGAUAUAGACCAGACUUUGUUGGAUUUGAAAUUCCAGACAAGUUUGUUGUAGGAUAUGCCCUUGACUAUAAUGAAUACUUCAGGGAUUUGAAUCAUGUUUGUGUUAUUAGUGAAACUGGAAAAGCAAAAUACAAAGCCUAAGAUGAGAGUUCAAGUUGAGUUUGGAAACAUCUGGAAUCCUAUUGAAAUCACCAGUAAAGUUAUCAAAUGUUCUAGUUCUGUGGCCAGCUGCUUAGUAGAGCUUGUUGCAUGUAUCUUCUAAGAAUUUUAUCUGUUUUGUAUUUUAGAAAUGUCAGUUGCUGCAUUCUUGAGCUCUUUAUUUGCACUAUGAGCCUAAAGACUAUCAGUUCCCUUUGGGUGGAUUGUUAUUUGACUUGUGAAUGAAAAAUCUCUUAAACCACACCACUAUUGAAUGGAAAUAUUGUAAUUGUAUCUGUAAGAAAAAAAUUAAAGAGAAGAUAUAUUAGUUUUUAAUAGGUAUUUUAAUUUUUAUAUAUUCAGGAAAGUACAGAAGCGAUUGAAUAUUGUUCAUUAUACCACUGUGUGUUGAGAAAAGUAAAAAGCAGUCAGAUUUUGUAUUAAUGAUCACAUCUAAGAGAUAUUGUUAUGGCAGAUAAACCAUAUGUUCUGGAAUUAUUUUAGUAGUGUUUCAGUAUCACUAACUGUAUUUUCCUGCUUGUUCAGAUUAUUUUCAGUGACUCUUUGUCAACAGUUCCUUUUAAAUACAAAUCAAUAAAUUAAAAAAAACUUUACCACCUUUUGAAUUCUUCAGUGUAAAAAUCCUUAAAAUAAAGGCUGUCUCUUUAAAAGAAACUAUGCAUACCUAUCACUUCUCUACAGAUUAACCUAGUAUAGUUUUCUUUUGGUUACUUUUUCCUUGUCUGUUAAGUUUUAGUAGCUAGUUUAACUGUAAUCUUUCCCAAGCAUGGCGAAUAAUGAUUAUCUGGUAGAAUGGAUUGGUGAAGCUAGUGAAAUUCUUACCCUCUCCAGAGAUGUUAAAUUUCAGACACAUGGUAUACUUUAUUACAUUUUACUAUGCUAAAAUAACAUGACUUUCUCUUGGAAUUCUGCUGGAAAUCGUUUGGAUUGCAAUCUCAUCUGCAUCGCAACAAUUUGUUUCCAGACAUGUACUAUCACCUUCUUUAGGUAGAUAAUACUUUAUUGACUAGAGAACAAGAACAACAAAACCUUUGUUUUCUGGGAGCAGGAAGAAAAGUUUUAAACCAAAAAAAAAAUUCCCCUGUUAAUUGUUUCUUUGUUUCAACUAAGGUGUGAACUAGCAAUCUUGUGAGCCAUCCAGUUAUAUUUAUGCCUUAAAUGUUUGUCGCAAUUCCCAGCAGCAAAGUAGGAAACUUUAAUAAUAGUUUGUUACAGUACUAGAACUUUCUAGUUUAUAAAAAUUUUUAUUUUUGUUAUCUGAUCUUCAUGACCCUGUGAGGUUGAAGUUGGUGUUACCACAUGGGAGUGUAGUAUCUAAGAUAACUCCUCAUUCCU